AUGGCGUAUUGGAUCAUUGCUGUGGGUGACAAGGCGAGAGCCUUGGUUGUGGGUGACCGAGUAGCGCCCAUUAUCGAUACCGAGUUCGUUACCGGCUACGAGCCAGGGCGGUCCUGGCUUGCUGCGGAUGAGGAUUUUGUGCUUGCGGAUCACCUCGUGUUUGACGAGAAGUUGCUGGCUAAGCUACCUCCUCAUCUCGACUGGGUCAACUGCAGUAUCAUUCCAUACGCUGGCACGACGGCUUGGUCUGCGAUCAAGGGCCUGUCAGUCGGCCAAAGUGUCCUGAUUCAAGGAACAGGCGGCGUUGCCAUGUUUGCACUCAAGCUGGCGCAGGCUUCUGGUUUAAGGGUCAUACUAAGUUCUUCCAGCGACGCAAAGAUCAAGGCAGUUCAAGAAUCGUUUCUUUUAGCGCCCAUAGAGGGCGUCAAUUACGUCGCGAAUCCCAGUUGGGAAGAUGAUGUGUUGAAACUGACAGAUGGCGUCGGCGUUGACUUGGUCGUUGAGAACGGGGGCACCCCAUCGCUCGUGCAGAGUAUGAAGUGCACACGCCGUGGUGGUAUUGUGAGCCAAGUCGGAUAUCUAGGCAAACAAGAGCCUGUUCAUUUAAAGGAGUUCGUGUCGACCAUCAUCGAUAGGAGAGUCAAUGUCAGGUAA